AUGCCUCUGAUCCUCAUCUCAGGCUACCCUGCGUCAGGAAAGACCUAUCGUUCCAAUCAGCUGGUCGAAUCCUUCAAGUCCAAGAUCCAAGCUUCUUCAGAUGCACGAAUCAGCCGCCUGAAAGUCUGCCAUAUCAAUCAUCAGUCUCUUGGCCUCGAUCGCCACGUCUACCGAGAGGCUCGAACGGAGAAGGAUGCCCGCGCUACCGAAUACUCCGCGGUGAAGCGAGCUUUGGGAAAGGAUACCGUCGUCAUCGCCGAUAGCUUGAACUACAUAAAGGGAUUCCGCUAUCAGCUGUAUUGCGAAGCAAAAGCUGUGCACACCCCAAGCUGCGUGGUCCACGUAGGAACGCCCAUUAAUUCAUGUCGAGAGAUCAACACGAGGAUCCUUGAAAGCGGUAGCAAAGACGAUGGCUAUCCGGUGGACAUCUUCGACAACCUGGUCUAUAGGUACGAGGAGCCAAACGGCAUGACGAGGUGGGACAGUCCGCUCUUCACGGUCCCUUACGAUGACGAGGCUCCACCAUGCCAGGAUAUAUGGGACGCUAUGGUUGGUUCCGAGGGCAAAGCAAAAACAGUCAAGCCGAAUCCGGCCACCGUGAUGAAACCCGCCACCGAGUCAGAUUACCUUUACGAGCUUGACAAGAUCUCGCAGGGAGUAUUGAACGUGAUUAUGGAAUGGCAGAAGGAUCACCCGGGCGAUGGAGGAGGGGAGCUUGCAAUAGCCGAGGGCACCAUCGAACUACCUGCAAACCCGGUCUCAUUGCCACAACUGCAAAGAUUUAGACGCCAAUUUAUAUCACUCAAUCGGCUGCAUAAUCUUCCCAAGGCCAGGAUCCGAAGUUCUUUCAUUGAAUACCUGAAUGACAACCUCGUUUGA